AUGUCAGCGGCAUCCGAGGAGCAGAUCCGUCCGGGAUGCUCGAUACACGAUGUACAGUUCAUGUACAUGUCCCCGAAGGAGAUUCAGGAUAUAUCUGUUAAGGAAAUCACAGAGGUUGCCGCUUUCGGCAAUCUGGCGGGUGCCCCCUUGCCCGACGGUCUAUACGACCCCGCGCUGGGACCCCUUCAUAUUGGUGAUCUGUGCAAAACUUGUGGCCUGGGGGUCCACGACUGUCCUGGUCAUUUAGGUCACAUUAAGCUCGCUACUGAUGUGUACAAUCCGUUCCUCAUACGAACAUUGUACAAUGUGUUGCGUAGAAUGUGCACUUCUUGCAAUCACUUCCGUGUCCGCAAGGCUGUAACUCAGAGAUACUGCGAUCGAUUCAAGCUCAUCCUUGCUGGUCUUGAACCCGAGUCUCAUGAUGUUGUCAUGGAGCCUUGCGACGAGAAAACAAAAUCGGCGAUGGAGAGGGAUAUGACCUCAGAUCCCAAUGCGGACAGCCGAGAGGCAUUUGUUGAGCAUGCUAGUAGGGCAGUACUUGAGGAGCCUGCCAGUCCGAGGUUCAUGCUGUAG